CCUUACUGUCUGUAUCGACGAAGUUGUUUCAAAGAUGGCGGAUUUCCUGCCAUCCCGCUCCGCUUUAUCUGUAUUUUUCCCAAACUGCCUCCUUACAAGCGGCGAGGCAGAGCAGCUACGGAAAUCUAAAGAGAUAGAUAAGUGCAUUAAUCGAGACAAGACUUAUGUUAAAAGGCUAGUGAAGAUCUUAUUACUUGGGGCGGGAGAGAGCGGCAAGUCUACUUUCCUCAAGCAGAUGCGCAUUAUCCAUGGGGAGGAUUUCGAUCAGAAGGCCAAAGAAGAAUUCAGGGCUACGAUUUUUAGUAAUGUUAUUAAAGGCAUUCGAGUGUUGGUAGAUGCUAGAGAGAAGCUGCACAUCCCAUGGGGUGACUCGUCCAACCAGCGGCAUGGAGGCACUAUGAUGGCAUUUGACACUCGGUCUGCAAUGGCUCACAGUCAUGGCAUGGUUGAGCCCAAAGUUUUUCAUCACUACCUGCCAUCAAUUAAGGCCCUGUGGGCAGACAAGGGCAUCCAGAAUGCCUAUGAUCGCCGUAGGGAGUUCCAGCUGGGGGAGUCAGUCAAGUAUUUCCUGGACAAUUUGGAAAAGCUCGGACAGUCGGACUACCUUCCCAGCCAGCAAGACAUCCUUCUGGCCAGAAAGCCCACCAAGGGCAUCCAUGAGUACAAUUUUGAAAUCAGGAAUGUACCCUUCAGAAUGGUGGACGUGGGUGGGCAGCGCUCUGAGAGACGACGCUGGUUUGAAUGCUUUGACUCUGUUACGUCCAUUCUCUUCCUCGUCUCCUCCUCUGAAUAUGACCAGGUGCUCAUGGAGGACCGGCAGACUAACCGACUGAGCGAGUCACUUAACAUCUUUGAGACCAUAGUCAACAACCGUGUGUUCAGCAAUGUCUCCAUUAUCCUGUUCCUCAACAAGACAGACCUGCUGGGAGUGAAGGUGAAGCAGGUGUCCAUCAAAGACUACUUCCCUGAGUUUUUGGGUGACUCCAUGAGUCUGGCGAAAGUCCAGUCCUUCCUGGUGGAAUGCUUUCGCAAAAUGCGCCGUGAGCAGCAGCAGAAGCCACUGUACCACCAUUUCACCACAGCCAUCAACACUGAGAACAUCCGACUGGUGUUCCGUGAUGUCAAGGACACAAUCCUGCAUGACAACCUCAAGCAGCUGAUGCUGCAGUGAGGCAGCUCAGCAGGAAGAGGAGGAGAAAGGGAAUGGUGGAGGCAAAGGGAAAAUGGGUUACAUGUGUCUUUUUCUUAACACCAGCCCAUAAAAGGAGCUGACGAUGUCACUGCUUUCACCUGUCCUUGAUUUUGGUCUGCUCGUCACUUUUGAACUUUGACAGUGUAUUAAAGCAACCACUACUAUGCCCCCCCCCCCCACUUGCUCUUUGCUUGUUCACUUUGACUUUUAACAGAAAAUUGUGGCUGACCGUUCCAAUCUUCCCUGACCCUUCAGACCACUGUAGAUGACGUCUAACCCUCACUUUCACACUGUGCCGCAGCUUUUAUGCUCCCCCCUCGUGUUGCUCUGAGACUGUUCACACACUGUCUUGCUCUGACCACUGUUGCUGGGAGAGAAAGGGGUGAGAUUUAUCUUAACAGGUGCAGCCAUCAAAGUGCCUGCAGGUGCUGGCAUUAUCAGUGACUGUUACCCAGGUCUUGCCUUUGUUCACAGAAUUUAUUUAGUGUAAGCAUUUGUUUUAAAUUUGCUCUUCACUGGGGCUUAGUGAUGACAUCAGUGGAACACGGAAGAACUUCACUAAGACAAACAGGAAUUCUUAUCCACUCAGUUUUAGUUUUCUAAUCAUUUUGUUUUGUAUUAUGACUAAACUGUAUGUAUCUAUGCAUCUUUCUUAAAUUUGAAACUUACAUUUUAUAGGGGUUUACACUUUGCACAUUUGUGACUGCUGAUGGACUCUGUUACAGUAAUUCAGAGAGGUUGGGGGUGUUGCUGAGUGUGCACAGACACAGACGCACACCACUCGUUGAAUUAAACACCCUGCUGAAAGUCUAGCUGAUCCGGGGUUUAUAGUGACACAUUUGGCUGUUUCUCAGGGCACCACUUCUGAACCACUUCUGUGAUUUGAUACUGUGCAACUUUUACAACCUUCCAACAGUCAAACGGCGCUUCCUCUCUGCAGCGAAGACUAAGCUUCAGAAGCAGAACUCCAGCCUCGACUUUAUUUCACUGAGUGCUUUGAGAAAAAGACCCUUAGGACCGGGUGUGCGCGUGGUAUUGUUUGUAUAUAUGUGUUUUAUCUGGAGAGUAAUACUUCAAAACAAGUGACGAGACCUGAUGUUACCCUAAUUCUGCCCACACGAUUAGAGAAUCAAAAGGGGGGGUAAAUCAGCUAUUUUUAGUACUAUUUCUCAUCAAGAUGCCAAAAUUUUGCAAGUGUAAAAAAUUUAAUAUCUUUGCAUAUAUUACUAUCUAAAGACAAUAAAAUUUCACGGAUGUAUUACUCAGUUUUGUGAGAUUUUAUAAACCAAACAAUUAAUGAAUCAAGAAAAUACUUGGCAUAUUAAUUGAAAACAAAAAUAGUUGAUUAAUGAUUUUAGCAUGCAAAUUGGUGCAAAGUUAUACUUUGACCAUUAUACUUACAAAGACCUACCAGAGCACAUGGAAGGCUGAAACUGACUACUUGUUUGCUUUGGCAACUGACAGCAGCUACUGAUUGUUCAGUGGUGCAGACGCAGUAUAUCCAGUGUACUCAUAGUGUACUCAAACUUACUAAGUACGACCACUCACAUCACAGCUGCGCUCUAAAGAAAGAUGACAUUGACAUCUUUGCUCCAGCAGUUUUCAGUAUCACGUAGUUUGAAUAUUAGACCUGUUGUUGCUGCCUCAUUGUAAAAUUGUUAAAGAUGACACUAAGAGAAAAUUUGUGUUCAUAUUGUAACUCGGCUUUUGUAAACCUGAUGGCAGAUGUUGUGGUCCAGGUUGCAGAUGGCCAGUUCUAUAGUGGAGCCCUUUGGAAGUCACGUCACUGCUUGUUUUUCUCCACCAUUGUUACAGAGACCAGUUGUUUUUCUGCUAAAUACAAUUACUGCCUUAAUUCAGUUCACUUUUAUUUAUAUCGGGCCAAAUAACAACAGCCGCCCCUCGGUGCUCUAUAUUGUAAGGUAAAGACCAUACAGUAAUUAUUAUACUGCAAGUGAUGAGGUGGCUAUCUUUCUUUUUUCUUAUUGAAAUCUUUAUUUUCUGAAAGGUACCUCUCCGUCUGUCCAAAAGGAUAAAGGCAGCCAUAUGUCACUUACUGGUCUUUGCAGCUAGGGUCUGUUAGCCGCUCUUCUGUAUAAAGCUGAUGUACACAAUAUCACAAUAUCCUUUUAACUUCUUUUCUAACAUCUACCAUAUCCUAGUAUGUCUCUCAUACCAACCUAAAGCUCCUUGCAACUAAUGUAACCUUCCACACAGAUUAAUAUGUAUAAUGGUGUUAUUUUAGCUCCUUCAAUGUGUGUUUUUGUUUUGUUUUUUAAAGCAAGCACAUUUUGGUCUGUCUUACAUAAUUUAGGAGACUUUCCUGCUUCUCAGCUUCCUGCAGAUGUCUUUAUAGCAUGAAUACCACAGUCCUGUACGUGUCCUUGCAGAUAACUGGUCCAGUGCUAACUAAUACUAAAAUUGUCAUUUUGGAGUUGAGCUCUUACAGCUCCACACUGUAGACCUUUAAACAAUGGGAACAUGCAUCAGCAUAGGUCGUUCUUUACGCUUGUGUUUCUAGUUGCUACAAUUACUAGUGUCAGCUAAUUGUUGAAAAAGUGAACAAUUUUGUGCACACUUUUGUUGUACUUAACUGUGACCUGCAAAGUUUCCAAAGGGUCAUGAGACAAAAUGAGAAGCUGUCUGAAAAUAAGAGUCUCAUAGAACGGGGUUUUGCUAAUGUGUCUUUGGGGCUCAGUGAUUCGAUCACAGAUCUGUGCAUUUACAAAUGGUAUUAUUAAUCGUCAUCAGAUCAGAAUUAAACCUGCAGUGAUGAGUCAAUCAAAACUGAAUUUGUUCAUCUACAACAGGUGGCAAAGAAAAGACUUCAGUUUCCUAGUAAUGUGCUGCCACAAGAGUUUCAAACUCUACCAGGAUGUGUUGUGGAGCAGAGCACUCCCAUCAGGAUAGAAAUCUUUAAUCAUAGGAUAAGGUGAUCGCUAGAAGUAGCUUUAGAUUGACCAUUCCCACUAAAUCAGAGGCUCUCAGUUUUAUUUGGUGUUUAGUACAUUUUUUUAAACUGACCUGCAGCUCAUGUGCUUGAGCCAGUCUUUGUACAUAUGAUAUGCUGCAGCAAACAGUAUUUUAUGUAGCUGAACAGCUCUGUUUAGAUGAUCGUCACACACACCAAUCAGUCAUAACAAUCACUGACAAGUGAACAGCACUGAUUAUUUCUUCAUCAUGACACCUAUUACAGGGUGGGAUAUAUUAGAGAGCAGUUUGUCCUCAGUUUGACCCAACACAAUAUUAGGCAGGUGGCCCUAAUGUUAUGCCUGAUGAGUGUAAGUUGUCAUUUUUGUCUGUUUUCAUCUCGUUGAGUGUGUGCUUCUCUUCCACAGUGACAGGCUGAAACAGCUGACAGGACACUUACUGCAGAUCCUGUAUUUGCUCUACAUUUAGAUGUAGGUUUAAAUCACACAUAUGAAAAACCAAACUUACAGUAAAUGUUUAUUAUCAGAUCAUUCACAGUGUGAUUUACUCUUGUUUAAUGAAUCAAGAACACGAUGAGACAAGUACAGGAGGCCACAUUAUGAGUAAUUUAUAGCAUGAUACAUGCAAGUCUCUUAAAUAAAGCAAACUGUUACUAGUAUUAAAUUCUUAUAAUGUAUUUUUCUUUUCUAUAUUUCUGUAUAUUAAUUUUAUACCUGAGAUGAUAUGCGAGGUGACUCAGUUUACCAGAGUUUAAAGAGACCAGGGCUGGUAAAUUUGAAAGUACUGGCAACAUACCGUUUCACAUGACUGCUUCAUCAAUAUCAAAUUUUUAGUUAUCUUUUCCUCAAGGUUUUCCUCCUGCUGCUUAAAACAAUAGCAACAAAGCUGAAUAACUCAAAUUUCACUGUUUAUUACAGUUUCAGUAAAAUAAACAGUAUUUUAUUUCAGUAUCUUUAUGUGGAAGACGGCCCACAUAACACCUGACUUUAGGUGUCUGGCAUUUUAUAUUAAUGAUCUAUGAAAUACAGUAAACUUUAAAAAGUUGCUGCUAUUGAGUGAAAAUCCAAAAGAUUUCAGGGCUAAGCCCCCAAUGUUUGAGCAUCCUAGCAGCGGCCCUGGACAUCCUAGCAGCAGUGCUAGUCAGCGUGUUUGUGUGUUUGUGCCACACAGUGUGUCCUUUCUCCUGCUGUUCAGACAGCUAAAGCUUCUUUGUGUGUGGAUUCAGACCAGUUCUCACGUCACUGAGGCCUGCUGUUGAAGUCUGAGCAGAGCAUGUCUGCAGCCUGACACAAGCCUGUAUCUAUGCAGAACCAACUUGGUGUUGAUUAUUAGAGUGCAGACAGUAUAUUGUGACAUGAGUGUGUUUGUAAGGGUACUGGACCAUCUUUUCAGUUGGGUCUCUGUGGUGGCUCAUUUCAUUAUAGCUCAGGUUUGGGCUGUUCCAGUGUCAGUCCAUCCUUAAGGCUCACAGCCCUUCGAAGUUCUUGCCAGCAGCUAUCUGCUCUCAAAUCAGCUGUCAGUAAGCUGUGCUGGACCAGUCAAACGUAAUGCCGUGCUGAACAAAAGCUGUUACUGGCCUCAUUCUUCUGCCUGUGUCACACAGGAUGUAUUCAGUAUUGAGCUGUAGAUCAGAUGCACUUUGGUAGUACUCUGACCCCAGCAGUCCCCUUUCACAGCAAAGGCCUCUAUGGCGGGAAAGGCAUCACCAAGGGUUCAAAUAAGUGUCGUGCUGAGAGAGUCCAGGAUCUGGAUAUGCUCAAAACCACAGUUAUUAUGUGCAAAAAGAAUGCAGUAUAUUAAGCUUCAGGCAAAUGUUUCAAGUAAAACACCUGAACUGAAGGUGUGGUUGAAUAGUCAGUUUAAUACCUGAGUGAAAUACCUGUAAGUAUCUGCAUGACAGCUGUUGUAAGAGCUGUUUGAGGGUGCUUCAGUUCCUCCUGCAUUACCUGGACCAUCUUUAAUGAAAGGUGAUAAUUCCAUCCCCUAAUUCAUAGUGAUUCACCAUCUGACCAUUUGUGAAAACAAAACUGAUGAUGCGGCGCUUAUGACAGCAUUUUGCAUUUCAUGCCCUAACCUGCUGCUUAGUUCUAGAGUUUAAGCAUUACUCUUAUUAAACCCAGAACUGAGCUGCAAUGAAGUCUGCUUCUUGUCAAGGUGUCGCCUUGGGUUAAGAACAAGCUUUCUAAGUCCAGAUAUUAAAACAACCAAAGUCUAUUUGAGGAUCACUAUGGUUCAGUUUGCAUUGGGAGUGUCUCUUGUUGCAUUGCAACCUUUAGGAUUAAUUUUCACUUUGCAUCAGCUCGAAUAAAUGGAGGGAAUUUUUCUUCAGUUAGAGAAGUCCUCAGCAAAGAAGAGAUGAGGCUAAUCCAUCCAGGAAAAAAAGAGCAACUUUAUAGCCUGUUCUUGUCUUCUCUGAAAUUCUAACCUUUGUAAUGAAUUGCAUUUUUCACUGUUGUCCUCUUUUGUAUGACCUGCAUGAAACAACACGGUAGAACAAAUGAGGCACUUUUUGUGGUCCAUUUUCUGGAAAGCGUAGUUUCAACACCGCAGACAGCCGUCCGUCAGUGUUAGUGAGUCUAAUGUAAGUGCGAUUGAAUUCUCUGCACUUCCUGAGACCCUUCCUCAGCGUCACGGCAUUUUCCACCGAGAUCACAGAAAUGUGACCAGGAGGGACUUUUAUUGAACCAUACCCUGAUUAACGCGAGAGUCAUUUGUCUGACACAUUAGACAAAGAUAAUUAAAAUGCAUAUUGUAUAGAAACGGAGUCAGAGAGAGGUUAGCAAGUAUAACUGCUGAGUUUAUUUUACAGCUAGUGCACAACCGUUUCUCCUUGAAAGAAAUUUAUUCAGAAUUUCAAAGAUCUUUUUAAUCAAAAAUGUAUUCAAGAAAAUUUCCAGAAGGUGAAACUGACAGCAGUGUCACAGCGGGGUCUUCUGCGUUCUAAAUUAAACAAGGCUAAAUGAACAGCUAGCACUGCUUGCUCCAGGAUUCCUCACGGCUCUCACAGCCACAUCAUUUCAAAGCACUUGCUUUUUCAACUGUCUUCCACUCAUAUGGUGGAUUCAGAGUCCAGAAAGCUGUAAAGUCAAGAGCUGCAUAACCAGGGAACUAAACAAUAUCAAAUGAAAGCACAUAUUUUACACUUUCUGGUAUCAGCCAGCUUCCAUGACAGACCAAACCAAAGUCCUGAGCUGAAAGAAAAAUUCAAUGAAGAUCUCAGUUGAAAAAGGGUUUUAGACUAGGCUUAAUCCAUGUGUGGUAACCUAGGCCUCUGUGUGAGGAAAAGUCCAGACUCUCAUCUCUAAAAACCCUGGCACAUCCACCAUCAGUACAUCCCACUGCACAGCAGUUCACCGAUAUCUGGAACGCUCUUGUUAAACAUGUCAUCUCCACGAAUGUCCACAGUCUGUGCAUGCACGUCCACCACCUCACCGCAGAAUUUCCAGCUGAAGGUGAAGAACAUGAAAUGUGAUUGAAAGUUGCCAAAAUCUCAGCAAGUGUUCGCUCAUGCUUAGACCUGAGCCUGGAAAAGUCUUCAAACAGGUUUUGGAAGUGUCAGAACUGUUUUUUCUUUUUUUCCUAAGCAACUGACUUGCUGUUAUUAACGUCAGUGUGCUUUAAACAAGUAACACGUACAUGGGGUUCAGACAUCUAAGGCAUUUUUUAAUGAAAAUUUGGUUUUUGCCUAAAUCGUAUUUUUGUUACUUAGUUCGGUUAUUUGCGUUUUCUGAAAAUAAGUAUAGAAAUUUAUGUACACUGUGUACUUGGUGACCAAAGGGGUUAAAUAUAAAUUCUUGUGGGCGGCCAUUCACUUGACAAGCAUUAGAAGCAGUUGAAGUGAACGCAGCAGAAGAGCCUGAGGGAGAUCUUACAUAUAUUUACACCUCAGCACACCCAGUCAGUAUUGAGUGCACGUUAUGGCUCAAAGCGUGCUAAAGGAUUGGACAGACUCUCGGUUUAAAUCACACUGAGGCCUGAAGUGUCCACACCAAACAGAAUCUUAAAGCCUUACAUUUGUGCUCAGGAGCUCUGACCUGUCCUGUCAGCCUGUGCCCAGAGUUUGUGACUGAUGAGCAUAAUUCGUCACCAUAUCAUAUAUGGUGACAAAUUAUGCUGAAUUAACUAAUAAUGGGUUCGGUGAAUAUGACUUUUUCUGAUGUGACCUGUUUUUUUUUUCUAUUUUAUUUUAUUUUUCCCUUGUUUGGUUUAGAUUGCUAAAGUUUCACAUCAAGUGUGUCCCCACUGAGAUUCUGCCUUUAAUCUAUUGAUUUUGAACAUUGCCCUGGCUUAUGUGAAAUAAUUUAAGCAUAAUUAAAAGCAACAUUUUUAAAUGUUUUAAAUCUGCAAAUUAUCUUCCAAAUAUACAUGUUUAGUGCCUCCUUUAUCAAGCUCUACCUCUAUUACCCAAUCACGUUAACAAAUGUUGGCUGCUCUUUACAGUUGAUGCCACCCAAGCUUUCUGGUGUUGUCAUUUUUGCAUUUUUGUUCCCAUUUUGGGUAUUUUUAGAUAGAUGAGCUUUUACUGUAUAUUCUAACUUAUGCUGUCUUAAUCUUCUGAUUAAAUCCCGCUGUUUUAUUAA